AUGUCGACAACUGACCCGUUCAAGAAGCAGAGGGAUCGAAGGAACUCAGCUUCCAGUAACAGCGAGGAAGAAGAUAUCUUCCACGAUGCCCACUUUCCCGUCGAAGAAGAAACCCGCCUUCUAGAAGAAUCUCGUACAAUAAAAGCAGAAGCUAAUAAACUUUACUCCGUUGCGUCCUAUAACCAAGCUAUUUCGACGUACGAUCGCGCCCUCGCUUCGUGCCCCAAUUAUCUCGACUAUGAAGUCGCCGUUCUUCGGAGUAAUAUGGCUGCUUGCUACUUGAAGAUGGAAGACUGGAAAGCAGCUGUAGAUAGUGCAACUGCCUGUAUUGAGUGCUUGGACCGGGUAAUACCGCCGCCAACACAGCCGGAGAAAGAAGAAGACUCGGGUACUCAAAAACAGAAUUCGGAAUCAACGGAGGCCGUGGUGGAAAUAUGUGGUGAAGAUGAGGAAGAUGAGCUGAAAGAACUAGAGAGGUUACAGAAAAUGGAUGAAAAACGGGCGGAUGUUAUGCGAAUUCGAGCCAAGGCUCUGAUGCGACGAGCAAAGGCGAAGACACAGCUGGGAGGCUGGGGAAGUCUCCAAGGGGCGGAGGAGGACUACAAAGCCCUCGCUGCUAUGGAUAACCUUCCAGCGGAUGAUAAGAGGAUCGUAAACAGGGCGCUCCGGGAGCUCCCCGAGACGAUAAAGAAAGCCCGGGAGAACGAAAUGGCAGAGAUGAUGGGGAAGCUUAAAGAGUUGGGGAAUGGCAUCCUAAAGCCAUUUGGGCUAUCGACGGAUAACUUUAAUUUUGUGCAGGACCCUAAGACAGGCGGAUACAGCAUGAAUUUCCAAUCCUGA